CUUAUUGCUGGUGCUGACUUCAGACAAGCUCCUGAGGUAAAGGAGCCAACAUGUCGCUGGAGGAUCCGUUUUUCGUGGUAAAAGGGGAAGUGCAGAAGGCGUUGUCGCGGGCGCGCGGACUGUUUGGGCGCUGGGAAGAGCUGCUGCACGAGGAGACGCCGGUGAGCCGCGACGAGCUCGAGUGGAGCACUAAUGAACUCCGCAACUGCCUGCGAGCCAUUGACUGGGACCUGGAGGACCUCCAUGAAACCAUCAGCAUCGUGGAGUCCAACCCUGGAAAGUUCCGUCUCGGGGAGAAUGAACUGCAAGAGAGGCGUGAGUUUGUGGAGCAGACACGCACGGCUGUUCAGGAGAUGAAGGAACAGCUCUCCAGUCCUUCUGCCGUAGCACAGGCAGAGAAGAAAAACAGACAAGUGUUGAUGGGUGGGUCCACACAGACGCGAUAUGCAGGUUUGGAGCCACACCUAGUAUCAGCCAACUCCAGAUACCUCCAGGAGCAGCAGGAACAGCAGCAGCUCAUUGUGCAGGAUCAGGACGACCAGUUGGAGCUGGUGUCCGGAAGCAUCCGUGUGCUGAAGGAUAUGUCAAGUAGGAUCGGGGACGAACUUGACGAACAGUCCAUAAUGUUGGGAGAGUUCACUGAGGAGAUGGAGCAGACGGGGUCCAGAAUGGAUUCAGUGCUGAAGAAACUUGAAAAGGUUUCCCACAUGACCAGCAGUAGGAGGCAGUGGUGCGCAAUAGGAGCGCUCGUCGUCAUCCUGAUCGUGGUCCUCAUCCUUUUCUUCGCCCUGUGAGGAUGACUGCUCACGUCCGUCUGGCCUCCAGCAAUCCUGCCCUAACAGGCCCCGCCCCGCCCUGGGGGCGGUCUGAGACGAGAAAAGACCCUCCUCUUUCCAGCACUCCACCCACACAUCCACCCAGACUGUAGAAUUGAGGUCUUUAUCUGCUGGGACUCCUCCCCCUUCCAUUUUCUCCCCCUCCCCCGUCACGUAGGAUAUGGGUGCCGUGCAUAACCUACACUGGACUGCAUCACCUUAAGACCGAUGCGGCAAACAGUGGGUGGUUAUUAUUUUUUUUUAUAGUCAGACUUUUCAUUUUACUCCGGGACGCAUUUGGGUGGGGCGGCGUUGCCUUAUUACGUGUUUAUACAUGUGUGGUUCCCAGUGUAGCGAAGUGAUCAUGUAAAAUAGCUGCUUGAAAUAUCGUUAUGCAAAUGUCAACCCUCGUGCAGCGGCAGGGCAAAACUUUUGGUCGGCAAUGCUGGUUAGAGUCUGGGAGCCAGAGAAGGUCAGGAGGUCCGAUAGCGCGGUGGACGUUCCCGAGGAGAAUCGGGUCGUACAUUUCAGUCCCGUGACUCCACGGAGGUGGCUGGGGUCUUGUGGGAGUCUGCCAGUGCUUUCUGAGGUCUGCCCUGGUUGUUAUCUGUGAUCGUCUGCCUCGCUGUGGGGAUCACUGGGGCUUGAAUGGCCACUGUGAGAGUGUUUUAAAGAAGAGUCCUUUUGAACUUUUAUUACAAAAACUCCCAAAAAACAAAAACCGCUCGUUGAGUACUCACUGUAGCCCCUUCACGUCAGCAUUUGUAGAAGAGCUUACUGUUAUCUAUAGUCUGUGAUCACGUCCCAAUAAACAUGUGCAGCAGUGCUCGUCUAGGAUCAGUUUUCCGGACUACCGGACAUAUAAAUGGCAGUGGAACCUGAUCCCAGACCAGUACUGCUGCGCAUGCCGUCCUCCUGCAGCUGGCUGUACAACAGUUGCCAAAACCUAUUGCAGUUGAAUAGGUAGAGUGAUGAAGUCUUGAUGAGACGUGACUCGGGCUGUCCGGAGAGAUUUUGACAAAUUGUUUACUUUGGGGGUGGGGGUUGCAAAUGCUGCGAUUCAGUCAUUGGCAAAACUUUCACCUGGAGCAACUGAGAUCAGUCAGGAGCCACCAGCUCGUGAUAGCGAUUAACAACUGACACAGCAUGCAGCUGGAGUCCAGGGGGGAGAUCAGAUCCAUGUCAGACACUGAGAUCUGACCAAUCGCUCGCGUAAUCAGACACCUAAUGGAAGUGCAGAGCAGACACGAGCAUGGUGUUGGUUCUUCUGCUCUCCUCUGUGUAACUAACCUGGUUCAGCUCACAAAACGAUCCAGAAACGAGGCCCAGUCCUGCCACACACAGUCUACAGAGCUGAACUAAUGUGAUUUAUUUUGGCAUUUUAAGCAAAUGCAGACUCACGGUUCUAACAUGCGUUACUGUAUCGUUCAGCGGACUGCAGUAGAAAUGAUCUUUUUUAAAUCUGAUUUUUUUUAUGAGAAAUGAUCAGUACAACAACAAAAAAAAGUCUCCAGUUUUUAUAAAGGUAUGUAAUUCUCACAAUGUUUGCUAUUUUUACCUCUGAGGGACAAGCGUCCUGCUGGGAUUAACAUGGUUAUUGCUGAUGUUUUGGUCGAUAUGUCUAAUUCACUUAUAAUAAGG